GCCGGAUCGGGUCUUGACAUCCGACUGGGCAGAGGGGGAGCUCUCUGCUUUGGGGUCUGGGCAAGCCAGCUGGGCGCAGCUGGACCGGGUCUGGCUUUGCGAGUGAGCAGACGUGUUUGCCUUUGACAGAGCCGAGUGAGAGGACGUGAACCGAGGAGAUGCCGAGUUCCGACCUGCUCACGUUGAAGGCCUUUGAGCCUUACUUUGAGAUUUUGGAAGCAUACUCCGUAAAAGCAAAGAAUUACGUUAAUGGGCAUUGCACUAAGUACGAGCCCUGGCAGCUGAUUGCAUGGAGCGUUCUGUGGACUCUGCUGGUGGUCUGGCUCUAUGACUUUAUCUUCCAGCCGGAAAGUUUGUGGUCAAGAUUUAAAAAGAAAUGGUUUAAGCUCACCAGAAAGAUGCCAAUCAUUGGCCGCAAGAUUGAAGACAAGUUGAACAAGACCAAGGAUGAUAUUAGCAAGCACUUGUCCUUCCUGAAAGUGAACAAAGAGUACGUGAAAGCUCUGCCCUCCCAGGGGCUGAGCCCAUCUGCAGUUCUGGAGAAACUCAAGGAGUACAGCUCAAUGGAUGUCUCCUGGCAAGAGGGGAAAGCCUCUGGAGCGGUGUACAAUGGCGAGGAGAAGCUCACCGAGCUGCUCGUCAAGGCUUAUGGAGACUUUGCAUGGAGUAAUUCACUACAUCCAGAUAUCUUUCCAGGAUUGCGCAAGAUAGAGGCUGAAAUUGUGAGAAUGGCCUGUUCCCUGUUCAAUGGAGGACCAGAUUCCUGUGGAUGUGUAACCUCAGGGGGCACAGAAAGCAUACUGAUGGCCUGCAAAGCUUAUCGGGACCUGGCUAGAGAGAAGGGGAUCAAAACUCCAGAGAUUGUGGCUCCCGUAAGUGCUCAUGCUGCAUUUGACAAAGCAGCCAAUUAUUUUGGCAUGAAGAUUGUGCGGGUCCCACUGGACAAGAUGAUGGAGGUGGACGUGCGGGCAAUGAGAAGAGCCAUUUCCAAGAACACAGCCAUGCUCGUCUGUUCUGCUCCACAGUUUGGUCACGGCACGAUUGAUCCCAUCCCCGAAGUGGCCAAGCUGGCUGUCAAAUACAAAAUCCCUCUGCAUGUGGAUGCGUGUCUCGGGGGCUUCCUCAUUGUCUUCAUGGAGAAAGCAGGGUAUCCAUUGGAUCGGCCGUUUGACUUCCGGGUGGAAGGUGUGACCAGCAUUUCAGCCGAUACCCAUAAGUAUGGCUACGCCCCAAAAGGCUCCUCCGUGGUGCUGUACAGUGAGAAGAAGUACAGGAAUUACCAGUUCUUCGUUAGCACGGAUUGGCAGGGUGGCAUCUAUGCUUCUCCAAGCAUCGCAGGCUCCCGGCCUGGGGGCAUCAGUGCAGCCUGUUGGGCUGCCUUGAUGUACUUCGGUGAGAGUGGCUACGUUGAGUCUACCAAACAGAUCAUCAAAACGGCUCGGUUCCUCAAGUCAGAACUGGAAAAUAUCAAAGGCAUCUUUGUUUUUGGGAAUCCUCAGUUGUCAGUCAUCGCUCUGGGUUCCCGUGAAUUUGACAUCUUCCGACUUUCUAACCUGAUGACUGCUAAGGGCUGGAAUUUGAACCAGUUGCAGUUCCCGCCCAGUAUUCAUUUCUGCAUCACAUUAGUACACACCCGGAAGCGAGUAGCCACCCAGUUCCUAAAGGAUGUCCGGGAAUCUGUCACCCAAAUAAUGAAGAACCCUAAAGCAAAGACCACAGGAAUGGGUGCCAUCUACGGCAAUGCCCAGACCAUCAUUGACAGGAAUUUGGUUGCGGAACUGACAUCGGUCUUCCUGAACAGCCUGUACAGCACAGACACGAUCGCCCAGGGCCCCCAGAUGAAUGGGGCUCCAGAACCCCGCUGAGCCAGCACCUGUCUGGCCCACAGGGGCCUCUGACCUUCAGAAGGUUCUAGGGGGUAUGGAAGAGCCAUGCACAACUUUGGCAUCUGGUCUUGACCUGGAGCACAACCAGAUAGACCUUAAGACAACUUGAACCUCAGGAUUCCUGUCCCUCUUUUUGUUGUCUUUCUGUGGUUUCUAAUUUAAAUGCCCCAGGGAUUCUGUCACAUAAUGAAUUUGCCCUUGUUAUAGAUGUUACCCUAGGAAUUACUUUAACCUCUUCCUUCUCUAACUUCCCUCUGAGCUUCCCUCACCAAUGGUGUAGCAGCUCUGCCCUGUGGGAUGUGAGAGCCUCCUGGAGCUUCUCUGUUAAGACUUUGCAGGGUUGGGGCUGGUCCAUCACAGAUGGUUCCCAGGUGGCGUGGGCACUAAGUAGGGACUCCUCCAACACUCUGCUCCAGGGUAGGCUAGCUCUCUGGCUCAGCGUGUCUCUCUCUCUUCUCGUGACUGCUUUUACUUCUCUAGGAUGCAGCUUAAUCAGCUGUUGUUCUCUGUUAGGAGUGGAGUGCAUGAGCCACCUGCCCCAGUCUCCCAGAGCAGAGUUGAAUACACCGGUUGUACCUUUCUGUACCUGCAAAGCCCCCUUGGACACUCAGUUGCCACCGUCUUUGGAGACUGUUGUUUGCAACCAGGUUCCCUUUAGUUUUUUGGAUUGUGACAAGAAUGCAGUUUCUAGAGACUUUACAACUUUCUGGCAAGACAUUGCUUCCCUGAAUUGGCAGUUACUGCUGCACACCUGAAACAUCUCCUGGCCAGAACAGAGACUAGUUUCUCUGCUUUUCUGAACAUCCCAGUAGCUAGAGCAUGCAGGUCCGAAUACAUGUCACCGAAGUUGGCGGCGGUCCUUGCACCCCCACUGCCUUAAGCUGCCAUGUCCUGAAAUGAUGUCUACAUGAGGGGACAGCUCAGAGCACCUCUACCAGUGGCCGUGACUUGCCUUAGGUGGGUGUGGGGAGAAGUGGGAGAGUCUCUUUCUUUCUCUAUGCUUGUCCCACUCUCCCCUUUGCUCAGCUCCCAGAGGCACUGCAGCAGUCUCGCCUUGGAUAUUGGACUUCCCGGCCCCAGCCGUGGGGGAGCAGUGCAGGAUGAGGUUACAUUUUGGAACAGGACAGCAAGUAGUUAUGUGGCCCCAAGCUGGAAUUCCUUCCCUGAGACUCAGGGUGGUGCAGGGACAGGAGCAUCCCUGCACCUACUUCCUGCCUUCUUCUCCCCUGUCUGGGUGCCUGAUCCAGCCGAAGCCACCAUCCUAUCAUGACGUCAUAUCAUGUGCCUUUAUCCUCGGCUGUGAGCAGGCACCAGGGCAAUGGACCCAACUGCGAGGUUUCUGCCUGGGUCAGCAAGGACUUAGGAAAAGUGAGGAGAAACUUUCCUCAGGGACUCUGGAACAUUCAGCCUCUCUAAGUUGCUCACCUCUAGUUUUUCACCACAGGCCUCCUGGUGGGGGAGAACCUUUACUCCCAGACCUUACAUUAAUCCUCAGCACACUUGUCUGGCUGUCCUUGAGCACUGUACUUGUCACCUGUUGACUGGGGUGAGCUGCACAGGGCCUUAUAAUUCUGGGGUGUGUGUGUGUGUGUGUGUGUGUGUGUGUGUGUGUGUUGGGGAGGGAGUGCAUUUCUUUCCUGGUUGCUCUGUAGUACUGUGUAGGUACCAAGAUUCUGUAUAUGAGAGAGAGAGAGGAUGAGAGAGAGGCUGGGAACCCUUAGGACAUGGGUGUCACACGGUUGCUGAACUGGCAGGCACCUGCUUGAGAGGGUAUGACUAGUCAGAUGCAUGCAAGGCCUGUCUCAGGCCUCCAGAGCAGCACAGAGGCAGGCACCCUCAAGGAUGUACUGAUGCUUGCCAGUGUCUCCCCAAGGACCAGACCUCUGAGCCCCUCCUGUCCUCUGUGCUGGGGCAGCAUUGGUGUCCCAGGGCUCAUGGUGUUUUUCAAAGGGACCUACUGUAGCCACUUUACAAUUUACAGCCUUAAUGCACUUAAUGACUUAAUGCAUUGGCAGACUUUAUUUUGUGUAUGUUGGUGUCUGCACACAGUCAUCCCUCGGCUGUGGUCCACACAGGUGGCCAGGGUGUCUCCACACUAUCAUUAGACUGGCAGAUGUCCCUCUGGCUUCUGCAAACUGUACUGUCUUCAUUCUUCAUUAGAACUAGUCAUGUGAAUAUAUUGCCAUGUGACUUUUAUUAAGACCAGUUUUAUACUUGGAAAAUGGUACUUACUUCUUUUAAAUUUUCUUUAUCUUCUCUAGCCUUCUCUCUCCUAUUUCCAUGCUCCUUUCCUAAUUCAGCAAUAAUAUCUCUAAAAGCAAUUAAAUAAUUAAGUGUCUCAGAUUGUAAACCUUGUGUAUGGUUGCGUUUGUUGAUUUACUUGGGUACAUAGAUCACAACAUGGGAUGGUGGCUGUUGUUGAAGAGCUGUGCGAGAGCUCCCCCUGGUGGUGAAAUGGUUCUGUUUAGCCACAGAUACAAAGUGAGUCGUGACUGAGGACUGUACCUUUUAGUAGGUAUCUAGCGGACUGGUCUCCACACCAGUAGUGGUGGGCACACCUGUUUUAGCAAGUUUAGGAAGACAUCCUUACUGUCUAUGACAAUAUGCUCACUUCUCAGCCUCCAGCCUGUAUUACUGACUCAUCUCGGAGGCCACAGUAUCUGGGAUGCUUAUAGGUGCUCUAUUAAGUUGUAAGCCCCACUAUCUUCUCUUUGGUUCUCAGUAGCUGGGAGCAGGUUUCAGCUGGACCCAGCAAAAGCAGAGAUGAUGACUGAGGCCAGCUAUCACCUGGAUGGGCAAAAGCCUUUAAAAAAAAAAAAAGAUUUACUUAUAUAUUUGAAAGGCAGAGUGACAGAGAGAUCUUCAGUAUGCUGAUUCACUACCCAGAUGGCUGCAGUGGCCAAGGCUGGGCCAUACACAGGUUAGGAAUGGAGAACUCCAACCAAGUCUCUGACCUGAGUGUCUGGGAACCACGUGUUGGCGUCAUCUUCCCCUGCUUUGCCAGGCACAGUUAGCAGGAAAGUAGAUUGUGAGUGGAGCAGCUGGGACACAGGCUGGUUCUCUGAUGCCGGACGCUGGCAUCCCAUGCAGUGACUUUACCCAGUGUGGUACAAUGCUGGCUUUUCCUUGGAAUCUUCUUUGCCUUGUUUUCUCUUGUGUUUUCUUCCUUCUCAUAAUUUAUUUUCUCCUCAAUGUCCUCCUCUGUAAUUUUAAUUGUUUGGAUUAACUUUAGAAUAAACUUUAUUUCUAAGUGAGUUUUUGUCCCAUAUGAAGAUACUUUAGCCAACUGUGAUGCUGUCUGUGUUGGCAUUGUUCAACCCUUGAUCCACAGCAAAGCAGGAAGAUGUAUCUCUGUGCCUGUCCCCCAGUCCCUAAAUGAAAGCACACUUGAAAAAUCUAGGAGCAGAGCAGGUGAGAGACCAGCGCCAUGUGUUGUUGAUGUUGAACUUUGCAGAGAUGUUGCCAUCAGCAUAGGUAUUAACAGUCUUGUACUAGCAUGUUGGCUAGGAAAGAGUGUCCUGCCAUUCUUACUGUCCAUGACAGUAUGCUUACUUCUCAGUCACCACCGUGUGUCUUUCCUGGCCAUUUUGGAGGCUGCUGACUCAUCAGGGCCGAUGGUUCACAUUGUCAGUUGCUUGCUCCAAAUCCCUGUGGCCAUUGGUGAGUUAACUUGGUCCUUAGGCAGGACUUGUAGGUUGGGAGUCACAGGUAGGAGCAUUAGGAGAUGGGUUGGUCCGUCUGUUUGCAUCAGGGCAUAUGUGGAAUGAUGGCAUGUGACAUGCACACUGCCUGUUCCCAACAAUAGCUCAUGAGUGGCUGGCUCAGGACCUACAGGAACCAGCUCCGUUAUUGCUGAAAUAGUCAACAGUCUGUCAGCUCCUACAUGCUGCCUCCAUCAUCUCACUAGUGGAAUUAACACAGGUGACCCCUGAGACCUUUGCUAUAGUUCUAAGAAACUAUAGAAACCAUCAGGAUUGAAAGUCAGCAUACGAAGGCACAUCAUAUUAAAAGAUUUUAUUUUCAUGCAAAAAUAAUAGAAACUCAACCAGUGUCUUCAUAAUUUUUCCUUUUGAUUAUCCUUUCUGUGCAUAGCUUUAACAAUAUAAACUUAUCUAUGUUUCUAUUUUCAGUUAAUUUUUGCAAACACUCUCCAUUAGGGUUCUCCAGAGAAAUAGAAGCAGUAUCCGCAGUGAAAGAAGGGGAUGUUAAAUAAGGAGCUAGCUCAUCUGAUUCUGAGUCUCAAGGUCUGCAUUUGGAAGCUGGAGACCCAAGAGAAGUGACCAUGUCCUUCCAAGGACCAUGUCCUUCAGAGGCCUGAAGA